GAGCAGGGAACUCACCUGCAGCCAGGAAGGUAUAAGAGGCUGCGGCGUGCGGCUGCGCGGCCACUGAUGCGGAGCUGCUCAAACCCAAAGGGAGCCAACGCAACAGGAGAAGGCUGGGAGAUACAGAGCCCAGCUGGAGAGAAGACUCGUUGGGGUAGCAAGCAAGAGCCCAGAACAUGCUUUUCUCCUUCUACGCUGCUCUUUGAACAGAGUCUCCCAGGGCUCUAUUCAUCUCCUCGAGCUCCGUCAUGUCGUGCUUCACCCAGCUGUGGCACUCCAGCACACCGGACUCUCCCACCAGCCCGGUCCCUGCAUCUCCACAUGAAAUCCCCAUUCCCAUCAGCCCUAUCGUUAUCACCUCUCCGGUGGACAGCAAGAGGAAAGCAAGGUCCCCAACUGACAAACCAGGCUCUCCAAACCCAACAUCCCCAAAGCCGGCCUCCCCCGUUGAAUGCUCCAUCUGCUUCAACACAUACGACAACACCUUUAAGACCCCCAAGCUGCUCCAAUGCUCGCAUGUUUUCUGCCUGGAGUGUGUGGCCCGUCUGAGCAAAGGGCUGCCCCCCAACCACCCCGAGGACCAGCUCCCCUGCCCCUUCUGCAGGCAGCUGACCAGCAUCCCGCUGGAAGGUGCCCCAGCCCUGGAGACCAGCAAGGAGCUGCUGGCCACUCUGCCCCCCGAGCUCCAGCAGGAAAAGGUGCUCUGGAUGGAAGGCACCAAGCUGUGCUGCCGGCAGGCCUCUGACGACCCCGAGAACCCAGACUCGUGCAUCUCCAUCGACGUUGCCAUGAGCAAACCUGAAAGCCCAGAGGUCCCCCCGACGGGGCUGGCAGGGAGGCUGUCCCGCUGUGACGUGUGCGACGACUGGAAGCGCAUUGUCCUGCUCUCUGCUCUCAUCAUCAUCCUCUUCUGCAUCAUCCUAUGGCCGGUGCAGUGCGCGCUGAAGACGGGGAACCUCCGCUGCUUCACCAGGACUGUUGCAAUGAGCAGGCCAGAAUAUCUCCCCUCGAAACACACCACAGCAGCCACGCCUGUGACACAGCUCCCAUUCCUGUAGCACCAGGCAUAACGUGGCACACCCCCCGAGAGCAUCCCUCGGUGUGCUUGCAGACCCCACGGUCCCCGCUCCCGUUCUGUGCCCACACCUGGAUGCACGCACUCACCUCCAGCAGCCCAGGAAUGCUCCCAGGAGCUGCCUCAGUUUCCUGCUGCCAAACUCCAUGGAAACCUGAGUCUUCAAAGCUGCUGCAAAGGUGUGAUGGGCGACAGAUGAGCUUCUGGGACUGUUUGCCCACAGGCUGAUACCAGGUGACGGUGGCUGUAGCUCCUUCCAGCUCCUUUGGGGAAUAAAGGGCUAGCUUCGUGGCUAUUCCUAAGAGGAGCUGAGCUUAGGAAGGUAAGGACAUGUUGAAGCUGCAGAAGCAGAUGAAAAUUAACCUUAUUCCACAUGCUCAAAACGUUUCCGUUGUGGAUUCAGCACAGGAGGUGUGAAAUUCUGCCUCCUGCUGACAACACAUCGAUCCACCCCUGCUCCUCAGCUGAGCCGAGCGCUGCUGAAUUUCCAACGGAAAAUAAAAGCCACCCUAUUGCCGUUUUGUUUUUCUCUCUAAGAAGGUGCUUAAAAAAGAGUAAGCACUCAUCCUUAACCUGGAAAGGAGAGCAAACUCGCCCUGAGCACGGCAUCACACUGUCCUCCGUGAGCUUCCUUCCCUCUGCUCCCAGGCCAACUGUUACUGAAGCGGCAGAAGUUCCACUUUCUGACAGCUCUACCCUCCUCAUCUUCCAAGGUGUCAGUAUUAAGACACAGGCCAGUUGCUUACACUCUCUUUUUAUUUAACCCAGUGAUCUUCUGACAGUGGUUAAUAAUGGUCUUCGUGAAGAAGGCGGCUUACAAUUAAAUCUUGUUUAUUCAAGCACAUGGAUGUGAGACAGGAUUGUACACAAGUACCAUGGAUGUAUUAAAUUAUGUUUUAUACAA